UGAGUGAGGAGACGUGACAGGACAGGGCCGGCACGUGUGGAUGACUAAGGUCUGACUUCCUUUGGACCCUGGGAAUCGGUGGGAAAUGAGAAAACGUCACUGGCUGGUUGUGGCCCCGGCGCCGGUGCGAGCGAGCGAAAGUCUUCCCAUUACCCUCACCCUCCUUCUACUCCUCCUACUCCUCCCCAUUACGAGUGGUAGACAAUUUCAAGGCCCUACGGAUGUAGCCCGCUUCUUCGUUAUCCACUCUUCAGCUUGGUUACAUCUUUCUACUUCUUCCCUUACUAUCACUCGAUUCCAUCCCCUUCACACCCUUCGCCUACUCACGCCAUGCCUCCUGCAAAGCGCACGCACGAGGACCCCCAAUCCCUCAAAGAAAAGCUUCAUGCUGGCCAGGGGAAUGGUAAUCGCGGUCGUCGCAACAAUGGGACAUCCAACGUGACCAACGGAAGUAAUUUGAAAGAGGUUGUGUCCUCUGCAGCUAUCGACACCGCAGCCGCCAACAACAGUCACAGCGAGCAGAACAAUUCGGGAAUAUCCUGGAAAGAUCAAGACAUCGCCCUCCUCCACUCCUUCCGCCGAACCUAUCGUCUCGAUACCCCUUCCGCCUUCAAGAAGCCCCUCAGCCAAGUCGUACUUGGGAGCGGAAUCGGACGUUACUCCCCUACAAUGGCACGACCCAAAGCGAAGAGAAGAGUUCCCAAAGAGCAACUGGCUAUGGCAGUGCGGAAAAACUUCAAUGCCCUUGGCGUCAGCGAAACGGACGUGAUCGUCGACAUGCUGUACAAGGUCAAGAAUCAGGAUAAGGAGUUUAGGGUACGAUUUACACCACGCAAGUAAUUUCGGUACAUACACUCGUUGUCACUGCACUUCACGGAGUUCUU